CGGCUCCCCUCUUAUAAGAGACAGUAUAUAAUAUCCCCGAUCCCUGUCUACAGCUCAUAGCAGCUGCCACAUAUAUAUGGGUUCCAGCUCCUGAGCCUUCUCCAUAUGUUUCAGUGCACAUCGGGCGUACAUGUUGAUUUCCCUUUCUCAGUUCAGUGUCAAGGUAGUCUCAAUGUGCAGCCAUUUUUGGCAGUUUUUUUUUUAUUGCCUAGCAACCACUAUGAUGCAGGUUUCUAAGCAAUGUCUCCCUAUAGACUGGCCCCAACCAAUCACAGGUCAGCAUUGACACGUAAUAAAUAUUAUAGCUCCUCCUAAGGUAAAAAAAAAGAGUAUAAUAUGCAAGCUUUGUGCCAAAUCAUGAUGGGAGGGAUACUCAGAACAGGAAUUUAGCAAAAAAUAGAUAUUUCAUUCAUUCUGUAUUGUCUCUGGAACAAGAGGAGACCAUCAGUCCAGCACAUGUGGAGACCAAUGAGUCUGGUGUCCAUCGCUAUUUUUUUGGGGAUCCUAGUUCAUAAGUCCACAUUUGCCUUGUUUGAAGACUCCAUAACUUUGUCCUGUCCGGCUCUUCGGCCUUGUACAAUCGCUUUAGCUUCUCGGAAUCCCGUAACUCUAAAAUGUGAAGGUGGGCCCAAAAAUGUUCAUGUGUAUUGGCAAUACCUUGAUGUCUCUCAGCCCCAUGCUCGGGCGCUGACCCUUAUACAAAGUGGGGGAUCAGUGUCCCAAGAUGAGGAUCUCGACAGCCAAGAAUACUUGAAAGUGUUGGAUCUGAUGUCAAGAGUUGAACUACUAUCCGGAAACCUAAAACUUCUGUCUCCGAGGGUGCAGGACACGGGAAUCUACACCUGUUGGGAUGGGGGGAAACAUUUGGCCUAUUACAAAAUUGAUUUCCAGGACUCUGAGAACAUUUACGUCUCACAUGCCAGUUUGGACCACAAAGUCCGACCUAACGCUACUGUAGACUUUGGCCUGGAGAGAUCUGUGGAGGUGUUCACCGUAUGGCAGGACUGGCAGGCAUGUGAUCGGUGUGGGGUGAUGGGUGAAAGAAAGAAGCUUGGGUUUUGCUACGGUAUGGUUGCUAGAAAUUCUGCAGGUAUGGAGGAGCCCCAGCCGUGUGGGCUGAUACAAUCCAGAUUUAGUCAAAUUCAACUCAAUAGCACACCGGAGCUGAGGAUUGAGACGUGUAUCGGGGCUUGUACUGAAGUCGCAUCUACAAAUGAUCUCAUCAUUCUCAUGGUGAACUAUCGCACUUAUCUCCAUGCCGAUGCCUUGUUAGAGUGUCCCAUAUCUUUGAUCUACAAACCCCUUUACUGGGAACGUGGAAACAGGACUUUCACCCACUUACAGCAACUGAUGAACAACGCAUCAUAUAUCCUGGACAAGAAGACCGGAGGGGGCUCCUUGUUUAUUCCGAUCCUCAAUAAAUCCGAUGAGGGCACCUACAAAUGUUACGUCGACCAUAGGAUGGUCGGGGAAUUCCAUGUGAUGUUUCCUAAAAUUGAGGACACAUCAAAACCCCAACAGUUUACUAUGGGGGAGUACACUAUGAUUGGUAUAUCUAUUUUCUUUGUGGCCCUUUUUGUCCUAAGCGUGUUCCAGUCCAGCCAGGCCACCGACUAUACAGAUGGUUAGGACCAUCCAACGGGGAGUAUCUUCCUGUAUACCAUCAAUAAAA